AUGGUGACUCGGGAGGUGCCACACAUACCUAAAUGUCUUGAAGAAGCAGACUCAUUAGAUGAAUUCAGUCCAUCCUAUAAAGCUGUCCUUAAUACUAGUAACAUGAAAACAUCUGAAGUUUCUGCAGUCAUGGCUAAAGCUGACGGCAAACCAAAAUCUAUCCAUCAUGCCAAAAAAUGGUCAGAUGAUGUUGAGAACUUAUACAGAUUUCAGCAAGCUGGAUACAGAGAUGAGAUUGAAUAUAAACAAGUAAAACAAGUUGAUAUGGUAGAGUGUUGGCCAGAAACUGGAUUUGUUAAGAAGCUUCAGAGAAGGGACAAUACAUUCUAUUAUUACGAUAAGCAAAGAGAAUGUGAAGACAAAGAAGUCCAUAAAGUGAAAGUUUAUGUGUAUUAG